AUGAAGACGAAUUUUUUGGAGCAGGCAGCGUGGUUCGAGACCGUUCGCGGCGAUGUGAUGAAGACCGUGGCGUACGGAUUCGACGUGGCGGUCGUUCGCCAGCCGCAGCACGUUGACAACUGGGUCUUCCGGGCAACCUUGCCACAGUAUGACACCGCGCUACAGACCGGAAGUUGUCCGGGAGACGCGGCGGGCUCGGGAGUCACCAGGGCUCCUUCUGGAGGAUCUUCGAUGCCAAAGAAAGCUGCAAGUGGUGGUGGUCCUCCAACCCAGAUCAUGACCACGGCGCACGUGCCCGCGCAGCCCGUAGUUCCUCCCGGCGGUUCAUCAUCACGUGCAGCUGGUGGCGGGCAGACGUUCACAACAAUGCCCGCGGAAGGUCAGGCGACCGGUGCGGGCGGUAGUUUGGAUAACCGGGGGAACAUGAUGACGAUACCAGUGACAGUGGGUGCUGACACGGCGGCGACAGCCGCGCCAGCGGCGUUCAGUGGCGGAGGUUCUUUAAUAAUGCCCCCACCUACAGUAUCAUGUGUAAAACCUCUUGCUGCGUUGCGGUUGGCCCCCCCAGACCCUGCUACGACAAGUCAACAUCAAGUUUUGGCUGUUUUUCCUUAUGACGAGCUCCUGCUCGAAAUGUCAUUGUCAUCGCGUCUAGCGACGGAAAGAUUUUCCAGGUCAAGCGUCUGGUCCUGAUUCGGGCAUGACAAAUUCUGAAGGUCUUCUUGUUUUCAGACAAAAUAGCACUACCACUAGAAGUUGCCCCCUAUUGUGCUCCUGCGCAUGAGAAGCAUCAUUUUAGGCAUGCGGAUAAUUAUUUGCUGUAGUCUGGCAACUGUGGGCGGGUGGACCCGUUUUUACACACGAUAUACAACAGCUCCAUCCCGUAGUAAUAUCAAUGUCGGCGGGCUACGGCGCGGACUUGGCCUCGCUUUUGCCACGGGACCUGCCGGUCAUGACGUUGUCGUGACCGAAAAAAGUGGGACACGACAAGGCGGCACAUUUGGGCCGACAUUUAUUCAAGAAAACGCGGGUCCUGCCCCCGGUACAACUAGUGGAACAAUUGCUAUGGAUGUGUCAGGUUUGAAAUCGUCAGAGUUGAAAUACUUUGUCAUGCAUAAAAUGGAUGCCAGUUGGAGCCCAGUUUGCAAGUGGCGCUUGACAAGUUUUGGUGGUGCCUAAAUCCAGUUUGUAAUGCUGUUUGGGUAAGGAAAACACCUUUUGUCAUGCUACUUUAGCAGCUCUAUUUCUACCCCUCAACAGGCUUGCAAUCGGCCUCCCUUGCCUACUCUGCAAGACAGGCGCUUUGUGGGUUUUUUUUAUGCAUCACAAAUUAUUUCAACUUUGACGAUUUCAAUCCUGACGCUUCCAUAAUUGCCACUGGGGCAGUAGCACGAGCAGCAGCCGCAGUGUCGACUUUCGCCGGUGGAAUGGAAAGAGUAUUCACUACGGGAACUACGGGUCAAAUGCCAGCAUCUGGAUCUGGCACUGCUGCGGCCGCAAGUUCGUCGUCGCGGUCCCAGUUCCAAGCUACAGCGACGUUUGGCACAUCCGCCAAGAACGCUGCAAAAAGCAACAAGGAUAUCAACCCAAGUAAUCCACCGGCCGCAGGUGCGCAAGCGCACGCGCUUCUGCCGACGACCUCUGGUGACCACGCGACGACUUUUGACACCAGCACGACGAGGACAUUUGCUGCUGGUGGACCUUCGGCUGGGGCGUCGAACAGAAUAAACGCAAGGAACCUCUACCAAGAAUCUGAAAAAAUUGGCAAGAUGAGCAGCAGAAGUACUUUUUUAGGUGGCCCGCUGCAAGAAGCUUUUUCGAAUGCAGUGUCAAAUGGACAACAACUACUGCAAAGCGCAACAAUGCCGCCAGCGCCGUCUACUUCUUCUUUGCAGUUUGGUUAUAAUUAUUUCGGUGCUGGACAACCCCAACCCGCAGCUUUUGGAACCUCCUCCGCCAGCGGAAAUACAAAUGGAAAUCAAACUCAUCAACCGAGCGCGAACACAAAAACUUUCAACAGCAGCAGUUCAGCUUUGACACGACCCGUAGUUGGUGCAGCUGCAGUUGUACAGCCACCUCAACAAUCGGCGAAGAUGAACAGCAAAAUAAAUACAAAUACUUUUAAUACUAGUUUCGGCGGAUCGGGAUCUACACGACCAGCAGCUACAUCAUACCCUAGCGACGGGUCGUUUGCGGCCUUUGGCGCUACUACAGGCGGAUUUUUUGGCGCAGCGACGCCGUUUAACACCACGUUCGGUGCACAAGCAGAAGGUGGCACAACAACCAAAAAUAAUACUCAUCAGGGUGGAGCACGAGCAGAGGCAGAUGCUGUUGCAGCUUCGACCGGAAAAAUUAAAUCAGGAGGUGGUUCCUCGUCACAACUACAACUACCCUUAGGUGCUGGUGGUGGUGGAACGACAGGGCAGACAUCAAGUUACACCGCUUCAAAUUAUCCGAAUAUGGAUCAAGAUCAACGAAACCACGCAACAAGAAGAACGGGGCCCGAGGUGGAUUCAUCUGUAGUGAGGGAUAAUGACAAGAACGCGAACUACGCCUACGCGGCGGGGGCCUCGUCCUCUUCCCUCGCAGACCGUAACAAGUCCAUUCUGGAGCGCAUGCGGGCGCAACGAGAGGAGGGCACUAGUGUGGGUAGAAGUUGUGCAGGCGGAAUUAUGUUGAGCAGUGGUUCUGGUGCGCCAGCAGUUCCACCUCGUGUAGUACCUUCUUCAAGAGUAGACUUCCAGCAGCAAGUCGCUUCAUCCUCUCAGGCGAAGCGGCGUCGAAUGUCAGCAAAUGAUGUUGAGGUAAUCGACCUCACGUGA